GCAGAAGUGUCUGAAACGGGGCUGCGAAAUGUGCUAGUUCGAACACACCAAUGUGAAGAAAAUGGCUGCCAACUCAAACCACCGCCCAAAAAGCAUUGACAUCAGUCAUGUCUCUGGUUCUUUCUCUCAGCUGUCCAUGGGGCCCCAAUCCUCUGCACAGGGGCCCAUACGUGUCCACUUUCAGAUCGGGCUCCUCAAAGAGGACGUACGGAUCCCUGAGGGACACCUCAGCUUCCAGCAGGCGAAGCAUCUCGCAGCCGAAAUCAUUGAGAGAAAGGCUCCGGAGUGCAGUGUCGUGAGUCUCGGUGAGAAGCUGCUGUUAUUCAGACAUGAGCCGAACACAGAGCAGAUCUUACAGAGACUCACUGAAAAACACGACAUACGGGACGGAGAUCUGCUGGAGGUGGUGCUCGCUGGAGCGGCUUCAGUGACCGAGACAAAGUACCGUCCACAUUCUCUGGUUGUCCAUUCGUAUCGCACUCCUACGUUUUGUCACUACUGCGGUGAGAUGUUAUGGGGACUCGUCCGACAGGGCCUGAAAUGUGAAGGCUGCGGUCUGGAUUUCCACAAGCGCUGUGCGUUUAAGUUGCCCAACGACUGCUCUCGCGUGUUUCGCCGCUGCGGCCCGAGUCUGUCUCUGUUUCCUCCGGGACGCCCGCGGACUCCGUCGCUCUCCAGUCACACGGGCGGAAGUCUGGAGGAGAUCAGCAUGUCGAAGCCGUCGCGCUCACGCUCGCGCCCGCCGUCCUGGGCCGACGUGCCGGUGUCUGUGGGGCUGUCGGAUGGGAAGGAGGCCCGGCCUCGCGUCCCGCACACCUUCCACAUUCACACCUACACCAAACCCACGGUCUGCCAGUACUGCUUCCGGCUGCUCAAGGGCCUCUUCAGACAGGGCAUGCAGUGCUCCGACUGUAAGUUUAAUUGUCAUCGCAGGUGUGUGACUCUCGUUCCUCCUGACUGCAGGGGUGAGAAAGCAAACGGAGAAGAGUCUGAUGACAGCGUGGCGGUGGUGUCAGUGAACGAUCUUUAUGAAGAGCUGCGAUAUAGAGACCCUCCGGCCGCAGAAGUGACGCCGCUGCAGCCGCCCAAUGCGCCGUGCUUCAGUGUUAAUAUCCCUCUGAUGCGAGUGGUGCCUAGAAAACGUCACUACUGGGUAUUAGAUGGGAAAAGUAUCACCAUGUACCCGAAUGAAAUCAGCAAUAAGUACUAUAAGGAGAUUUCUCUCUCAGAGGUGCUGCAGGUUCGAGGCUCGGCUCAGCUCACUAUUCCAGUGUUGCCAGGCAAUAGCGCACACUCGUUCGAGCUGGUGACGGGAUCUCUGGUGUACUGCGUGUUUGCGGAUCAGGACGGCCCGUCAUGGGAGUCGGCUCUCGAUCAGGCCCUCAGACCAGUGCAGGGCACUGUAUGCCACACGACAAACAACACCGGUGACGGAAAGAGCGGUGAGGAGACCCAGGACAUCAGUGAGCUCUAUCAGAUCUUCUCUGAUGAAGUUUUGGGUUCGGGUCAGUUCGGGGUGGUUUACGGAGGCACUCACAGACACACGGGACGUCCGGUUGCAAUUAAAGUCAUCGAUAAAACAAGAUUUCCCACUAAACACGAGGAACAGACCAGAAAUGAGGUCUCGAUAUUGGAGAGACUGUCUCAUCCAGGAGUCAUUCAUUUAGAAGGGAUGUUUAAGACAAUGGAGAAUACUUUCGUUGUGAUGGAGAAGCUCCACAGCGACAUGUUAGAGAUGAUCUUAUCUCACGAGAACGGGCGUCUGACUGAACGCACCACCCGUUUUCUAGUCACCCAGGUUUUGGAGGCUCUGCGGUACCUGCACAUGAGGGACGUUGCACACUGUGACCUGAAACCAGAAAAUGUGCUGCUGGCUUCACCUGAACCAUUUCCUCAGGUCAAACUGUGUGACUUUGGUUUCGCUCGUAUCAUCGGACAGAAGUCGUUCCGGCGCACUCUCGUCGGGACGCCGGCGUAUCUGGCACCUGAGGUCAUUUGUAGUAAGGGUUACAAUCGCUCUCUGGACGUGUGGGCCGUGGGCGUGAUUUUAUACGUCAGUCUGAGUGGGACGUUCCCUUUCAACGAGGACGAGGACAUUAAUCAGCAGAUCACCAACGCUUCGUUCAUGUAUCCACGCCAGCCGUGGUCCCUCAUCUCACUGGAGGCGGUGAACCUGAUCAAUAACCUGCUGCAGGUGGUGGUGAGACGCAGGUUCAGUGUUGGCAAAGCCAUGGGUCAUCCAUGGUUUCAGAACUUCCAGAUGUGGUGUGACCUGCGUGAGUUUGAGCAGCGGAUGGGAUAUCGCUAUCUCACGCAUGAGGCGGAUGACGAGCGCUGGAGAUCCCACGCUCUGGAGAAAGACCUUGGUUUCCCACAACAUUUAGCAGCAGCAGCAGAAGCAAAUGAAGAGCAGAAACAACAGCCAGCAGCCACUUAGAUUUUACAUUAAUAUAACUGUGAAUAUUGUAUUAUAUCAGCAAAUGUGAAUAUGCUGUGUUGUAUAUCUAAUUAUUUAGGUUUGAUUUAAUGUUUGAAAUGUUUUUCAAUAAA